AUGCCAAUCUCCAAGAGCUACUAUGUGUGGGAUGAUGAUGGAGCUAAGUGGGAUGAACGAAACGGAUGGUUGCCGCGCAGCUUACAGGAAGACGAGAAGGUCCUCGCGGUGUUCGAAGAUGAAGCGGCUCUUGUGGCCUGGAGCGAGGAGUUCGGAAAAACGAAGGCACUCACUGCCGGCGAGAAGAAGCGAAUGCAGAAUGCCAUUGGGAAGUUCGUCCAAGCCUCAGAGUUCACGGAGACAAAGGAUUGGCGUAGCGUUGAAUGGUUGGGAGUGGAAGAAUUAGCGAGUGCAAGUUUUUGGAGUCGGAUGGCGGUUCGACAACCCGAGUACAUGGUGAUUGAGGCGGAGUGUGCUUCUGGUGAAGACCUGGAGGCAGCCUUGGACCUCGCAGCGUGGCAGGAUGCAACGGGCAAGGCCUUCGUGAUGCUGCAUUCCGAGUGUGAUGCGGCCUAUGUGGAGGCUGGAACAAGCUGCGAUGGUAUGACUGGACGGCGAGUUCAGCAGGUUCUAGACUGCCAGCGGAUGCUCACUGGAAACCACCCUGGGCUGAUGUGUGCGGUGAGCAAUGAGAUGGGCAGCGAUGCUGAUCAUGAAGCAAAGCUGACACACGUCUCCGAGAACCUUGUCGCUUACCAGAAGGCACACCACCAUGACGACGAUAGCAUUUCUCAGAACCAGGAGGCACACCACCAUGACGACAAUAGCAUUUCUCAGAACCAGGAGGCACACCACCAUGACGACGAUAGCAUUUCUCAGAACCAGGAGGCACACCAUUGCGACGACAGUAGCAUUUCUCAGAACCAGGAGGCCAGUCAUUCAUACCUGAGCGAGGCAGAUGUUGGCUACCUGGAAGGCAUGGCGCGUCGUCUGAUUCGAGAACGUGACUACUCACUGGUGUCGUUUGAAAAGUUCGUGGAGAGGAUGCCUUCUACGCGAGCUGGGGCAAGGUCCACAACCAUAGCUGGAAGUUAUUUGAUUUUCGGCAUGUACUCACACGGCAACCGUCAUGGAGUCACGAACCGGACGAAGUCGCUGCCUAACUGUGCCAUGUACCUCAACAACCUGAUGAAGUUUCAGUGUAAGAUCCAAGGAAUCUCAAAACCUACUUGGACUACCAUAUCUUUGGGGCUGAACGCAGGCAGCAGUCUUCAUCGUGAUCUACACAACAAGAAGGAGUCCCAAAACUAUGUGAUCGGUGCAGGAUCGUAUCGCAGAGGAGAGAUAUGGAUUCAGGACGAUGAAGUUCCGGAAUCACGUGCCGUUUUUCGGAACUUGCCGAAUGGGAAGAGGCAGGCCGGGAAGCUCCACAACAUCAAGCACCGGGUCCUCUCCUUUGACCCAAAGAGGUGGCACGAGUCCCGUUCAUGGUCUGGAAGCCGCUAUGUGGCUACAGCCUUUACGGCCAGAGGAGUUGAUGCAAUGGAACGCGACGUUGCUCAACAACUUCACGAAACGGGGUUUCCUGUACCAAGAUGUUCCGGAAAGUGCGGGAAGGUCUAUGUGCAGGAGGAGGAUGAGUUGGAUGAGCGGCAACAGCCGGUUGAUGAUGCACUGGAGCCUACCGCAGAAGAAAAACGGCUAAUCAAGAAGCUGCACGAGAAUAUGGGUCAUCCAGCAGGUAAGGAGAUGGCGAGAUCUUUGCGUUUGGCAAACGCCAAACCGCAUGUGGUCCGUUAUGUGGCGACAAAGUUCGAGUGCGAUGUGUGCAAAGCAAGGCCAAAGCCCAAGCCAGCACGACCUGCUGUGUUGCCCAAAAGCUACGAACCAGGCAAGGUGGUGGGAGUUGACGUGGUGUUCCUGAGCGCACUGGACAAGAGAGAGACAUUUCCGGCCUUGAACAUGGUGGACUGGGGAACCGGUUACCAGAUGGUGGAAAGGCUCAAGAACACCGAGUCCGACCACGCCUGGAGAACCUUCCUGCGAGUUUGGGGCAGAGUGUUUGGCGUUCCUGAGAUCAUCAUAGCUGACCUGGGAACCGAAUUUCGAGGUCAAUUCGCGGAGAUGGCAGCUCAAGCAGGCGCCUUGAUUCGUCACACUGCAGCCAGAUCUCCCUGGCAGGCUGGGAAGACAGAGAGAGCUGGAGCUCACUACAAGCAUGUGUAUGAGAAAGCGAGGGAGACCACCCAGAUUAGCACGUGGGAAGAGUUGAAGACCCUGCUCUACGAGGUGGAGAAUGCCAAGAACAGGUACGGGAAUCGGAGCGGGUUUUCUCCCACACAACGGCAGAUCGGGCAUAAUCUUCGACUUCCAGGAUCUCUCCUGUCGGAUGAUCGACAGAUCCUAGACUGGUGGUGCAGAGUGCUGGAGAUGAGAUGCGACGAGUCUUGGAGCUGCGUCAAGAAUGCCCGAAGCCGCAUUCCUCCUACGUUCGUGGUUGGCGAGACCGUGUACGUCUACCGACAGCCAAAGGAGCGGAAGAGGAGGCAUAUGAUGACCGAGGAGUCCCAUGAGGGUCGGAAGCCAUCAUGGGUGGGUCCUGGAGUGGUUUUGGCGAUUGAGCAGCCGAGCUUGUGGGUAUCUAUGAAGGGAGAGCUCUGGAAAGUGAGUUGUGAGCAUUGUCGACAUGCUACCAGUGAAGAACAGCUUGCAAAAGAGCUACUGGCCGGUGAGCUGGAGGUUCUGCGUGAGGAGUUGGGGCGGUCCAGCCAAAAGCGAACUUACAAGGACAUGACGGAGGAACCAGGUCCUCCCGAUGAAGAAGAGGAGGCUGUGGAACUUCGAGGAGGAAUGGACUGGCAUCCCGAAGAAAGGGCACAUCAACGACCGCGACUACUUCCAGAAGAUGUACCAGUGCCAGAAGGACCUUACGAUGAGGAAGAGCUGGCGCAAUAUGAACCAUCGAUCGAUGAAAGUGUUCAAGAACAAAUUCCAGUACCUCAAGUGGGACAUCCACCAACAUCCACCAAUGUCAGGCAGCAGUCUUCAGAGGAAGAGCCAGAGCCUGCGCCCAGUCGACAGAUGUCAAGUGGUGUACAAGAACUUUCUCCAGAGACAGUGCAGACUGUGCUACGGAAUCAACAAAUGGAUGGACAUCCACCGGGAAGUGCACCCUAUGAAGCCACUCGCAGACUGAUGAGCAAAAGGCCUCCCAGUUCUCCGUACUAUGCCAAGCAAGAAUCAAGCUCUUCAUCGCAGGCAUGGUUCUAUGCAGAAGAUGGUCGAUGGAAAGUUGAUCUAGACUGCUGGGAGGACGUGAGUCGCAAUGUUGUGGUGAGGAGACAUUACGAGCCGCGCAGGCGACUAUGUAACCCAACGAAGAUUCGAGGAGCUCUGAUGCCAAGAAGACUGAAACAUCGUCAAACCUACAUGGUGAUGGAGGAUGGCACGGUGGAUACCUACAAUGACAACUGGUUCAAGCAAAGAAAGAAGGUUAACGAUAUGAAGAAGAGCUGGGUUGGGUUCACUGUUUUCAGUUCGACUGAAGUGAACAUUCACGACUACAUGGCCACCAAGACUCGAGGUCAGGGCGAGGUGUUCGAGCACGAGAUCAAGCCACAUGAAUGGCCCGCUUGGCGCGAAUCAGAUCUUCAAGAAUGGUGUAAGGUGGCAAGCACUGACGCCAUCAAAGUUCUCAGUCUUGAGGAAUCAAGGGCAGUUCGAGCAGAUCUCAGAGCCCGAGGCCAGGAGCAGAGGAUUAUACCCAGCAGAAUGGUUCGACGGUGGAAGCCAGCCGAGCAACCAGGCGAGCCUCCUCAGAUGAAAUCGAGAUGGUGCAUUCGCGGAGACCGAGAUCCAGAUCUUAUGGAGCUAGAUCGUUACGCACCAACGCUCAAUAGCACCAGCUUCGGAGUGCUUCUCCAGGUUGCAGCAUCCCUCAAGUAUCAGGCGAGUGUGGGCGACUUGAAGAACGCUUUCUGCCAGUCUUUACCACUCGUGAGGAAGCAAGGGAAGCUGUACGCUAGUCUUCCAAAAUCAGGGAUCGAGGGUCUACACGACGAGCAGCUUGUGGAGAUUGUUGCUGGAUGCUAUGGACUUGGCGAUGCGCCAAUCCAUUGGAGGCGAACUCUAAAGGAGGCGAUAUUGGCUCUUGGAUACCGAGAAUCGGUGCUGGAUCCAACGGUCUACUUUCUCCCAGGGAAGCAGACACUACGUGGAGCCAUCGCUGUGGAGGUGGACGAUCUGUUUACCUUCGGUGAUGAGGAGCACUACAGGAAGAUCGCGGAGCUCCGUGAACGAUUUCGGUUCGGGAAGUUUGUCAUGGUUCAAGAGGCUGAACAAGGUGUUGGUUUCAACGGAAGGCGCGUGAAGCAACUGGAAAACUUCGACUUUGAGGUUGACAUGGAGAAAUUCAUCGGCGAACGAUUGGAGCCAAUCAGCAUGGCCAAGGGAAGAAAGGCUGAUCCCAAAGCCCUGGCGAACGACAGCGAGAUUGCGCAAAUGAGAGCAGUGAUUGGUGCUCUGAACUGGGCGGCCAAAGAGGGGCGGCCAGAUGCGGCAGCUGCUGCCAGUCUAGGGGCGGCAACCUUUCCCAAGCCGGUGAUCCAGGACUUGAUUGACGUCAACAAAGCGGUGCACCUGAUCAAGACGAAUCCAACACUGGCGAUCAAGAUCAGGGCGAUUCCCUUCGAGAAUUUGGCAUGGGGAGUGGUUUCGGAUGCUAGCUUCGCAAACGCCUAUGGGGGCAACAGUCAGGGUGCCUAUGGUGUCAUCGCCUUUCAUGAAGACUUACAACGAGGGCGAAGAGUGCCUUGCUCACUGGUUUCGUGGCGAAGUGGAAGAAUUCACAAAGUGGUGAACUCAACGCUGGCAGCCGAGACGCAAGCCUUGUCAAAGGGGCUAGGUGAGCUUUGUUGGAUUGUCUCCAUCUUCAAUGAGUUGACCGACCCGGAAUUUGAGCUGGCGAAGUGGGAAGAGCAUCUUCAGCAGAACAAGAUCGUGGCAAUCGCCAAAAGCCAGACAGAGAAGGAGCUGAAGGAGAGCCUCUGCAUCAUUGACGCGAAGGCUCUGUACGAUCAUUUGUCUCGUGAAAGCACCGGACCCUCACAGGACAAGAGGACAUGCUUGGAGAUUCAAGUGGUGAGACAGAAUAUGAAUGCGAUCAAGGGCCGUGUUCGAUGGGUACCUCACCCUCACAUGAUUGUGGAUGGGCUGACGAAGAAGAAUGCGAACAUGGCGGCGUUGUAUGACCUCCUGAUGACGGGCGAAUAUCAGAUUGUGAGUGAAGCCGAAGCCCUGGAAGAGAAGCUCGAAGAGCGGAAGCAACUAGGUUACAACCGCCGAUAG